CGCUGGGACGCGAGAGGCGGGGCCGGGAGGAGACUGGCGAUGGGUUCCGCUGAGGAGGAAGAAGCGGGUCGGAGGCGGCGGCGCUGCUGCUGCUGCUGCUGAGGGCCUUCCCUCCGGGGGAGACGAGAAGGGACGCCGCGGUGCCCCGACGGGGCCUGGUAGCGGCCCGCGGCUAAGAGGAGAGAGGAGUAGAAGCUGUCAAGAUGAGCAGAAAGCCUCCAAAUCGUCCUGGGAUCACAUUUGAGAUCGGUGCUCGUUUGGAAGCACUUGAUUACCUACAAAAAUGGUAUCCUUCACGCAUUGAGAAGAUAGACUAUGAAGAGGGGAAGAUGCUUGUCCACUUUGAGCGCUGGAGUCAUCGUUACGAUGAAUGGAUUUAUUGGGACAGCAAUCGGUUGCGACCCCUUGAACGGCCAUCGCUGAGGAAAGAGGGUCUGAAAGAUGAUGAUGAAUUUAUUGAUUUUCAACCUGGAGAAGAGGUUCUAGCUCGUUGGACAGACUGUCGAUAUUAUCCUGCGAAGAUUGAAGCAAUUAACAAAGAAGGAACCUUUACUGUACAGUUUUAUGAUGGAGUGAUUCGGUGUCUUAAACGAAUGCAUAUAAAAUCUAUGCCAGAAGAUGCCAAAGGUCAGGCGCGUGAGUGGCAGCAGAUAGCGCCGGAGCUGAGAUUAGUGACGGAUAACGAUCCACAUGAAGACUGGAUCGCUCUGGUCAAAGCUGCGGCGGUGGCCGCUGCCAAAAACAAAGCAGGAGUUAAACCUCGGACCAGCGCGAACAGCAAUAAAGACAAAGAGGAGAGAAAGUGGUUUAAAGUUCCUUCAAAGAAGGAAGAAACGUCAACCUCAGCAAUUGUCCAGGAAGUUCAGAAGAAGGAAGAGCAGCCUACAUCCAGUGAGACACUUGGAUUCCCUCUAGUGGACGUCCCAAAGAUUGCCUUUGCACAGGCAGAGAAUGCAUUGGCGCACAAGAGGAAAAAUAACCUAGGCAACUCAUUUCAGGCAAAGAGGGCUCGGCUUAACAAGAUCACUGGGUUGUUGGCAUCCAAAGCCGUCAGCGCUGAUGGUGCUGAAAAAAAGGAAGGCAACAAACAAGCAGCUCCAGUCUUGGAGCAGGAGAUAUCACCUAAGCCUCAAAGUCAGAAAAAAAAUGAAGCUGAUAUUAGCAGUUCUGCCAACAUUCAGAAAUCUGCACUGUUGCCCUCAACUUUGUCUUCAGGAAAGGCUCGCAGCAAGAAAUGCAAACAAGAAUCUGGAGAUUCUGCAGGGUGUAUAAAGUCCCUUAAAUCACCAAUUUCCCCAGAGUUAAUACAAGUGGAGGAUUUGACCCUGGUCUCCCAGCUUCCUUCUUCUGUGAUAAAUAAAACUAGUCCAUCACAGCCAGUGAGUGCCCUUAGAUCCUUCAAAAAUAGCCAGCGGAGAAGAAGAUCACAGCGCUUAGCGACUGGUUGGUUGCCUCAUGGUUCACUAGAAAAAGUUCCUUCUCCCGCUCCAGUCACUGAUAGAAAAGUGUUCUCCAUCAAUUCCCCAAAUCAGCUGCCAGCAUUACUGGAGGUUCCCAAUGUUGCUCAUGUCUCCCUCGAGAAGCGCGGACUCUGCCUCCCUCUUGACUUAAGCCGCAACUUGGAUGUGUCGGCGCUGUUAACUGCGGAGGCUGCUUUCCGCAGUGAAUACCCCAUUAAAGAGAAGGAAGAUAAUCAGAUGGUGUUGUGCCAUUCUUCUAAAGCAGUGACUGAUGGCAGAGGAGCCCCAGUGGCAUCAGGCAUGCUGAAAACGGAGAGAAAAACGAAAUUGGAAGACAGAUGCUCGUCGCUGCUUGGUAAAAAGAAGGAGAAGGAGAAAGAAAGAAAAGAGAAGAAGGAGAAAGAUCACAAGUCAAAACAGAAAAAGAAGAAAAAGAAAAAGAAGAAAUCAAAGCAGCAUGAUUAUUCGGAUUUUGACGAUAGUUCUCUCGAGUACUUGGACAGGUGCUCCUCUCCAUUCACUAGGUCCUCUGGGAGCUCGCUGACACUAAGAAGCACAACCGUGGAGAAGAACACAUCCUAUCAGUACCCAAGGGCUAUUCUGUCUGUCGACCUUAGUGGCGAAAACCUCUCUGAUAUGGAGUUUUUAGACGACUCUUCUACCGAGAGCUUGCUGCUGAGUGGCGAUGAGUACAAUCAGGACUUUGAUUCAACCAAUUUCGAAGAAUCUCAGGAUGAAGAGGAUACUCUCAAUGAAAUUGUCAGGUGUAUCUGUGAAAUGGAUGAGGAAAAUGGGUUCAUGAUUCAGUGUGAAGAGUGCCUGUGUUGGCAGCACAGUGUGUGCAUGGGAUUGUUGGAAGACAGCAUUCCGGAGCAAUACAUCUGCUACGUUUGCAGGGACCCACCUGGUCAGAGAUGGAGUGCCAAAUAUCUCUACGAUAAAGACUGGUUGAAUAGCGGCCACAUGUGUGGUUUGUCGUUUUUAAAAGAGAACUACUCUCAUUUGAAUGCCAAAAAGAUUGUGUCGACGCACCACCUCCUGGCUGACGUGUAUGGUGUUAUGGAAAUACUACGCGGGCUGCAGCUGAAGAUUGGGAUACUAAAGAACAAGCAUCAUCCUGACCUUCAUUUGUGGGCUUGCACAGGUGUGCGGAAGGAUCCAGGACAAAUAACUCUUGGAGUGGAAAGAAGGGUAUUGGCUGUGCCAGAUACCAUUAACCCCCCUGAAAGGACGUAUCAUGGUCAAAACCAUAGAGAACCCCCUAGUUUACCCCAGAAGAUGGAGGAAACGUACAUUACGAGUGAGCACAGUUACCAGAAACCCCAGAGUUACAGUCAGGACUGCAAAAUGAUGACCGAUCCUAUAAGCUCAGACGAUGACACCAGCAGUUUUGAAGACGACCAGGAGCUUCCCUUAGAGGAUAAAAACUGUUUACAAUAUUCAUCUAAAGAAGAUGGUUUCAGCCAUCAGAGGCAUUUGGCUGAAGGGAACACUGUGUUUGUAUUUAAUGAAAAAAGAGGAGCCGAAGAACAUGUGGACUCCCAUCUUCAGUGGCAGCUAAACCUCCUCACCCACAUAGAGAACGUACAGAACGAAGUUGCUAGCAGAAUGGACCUUAUCGAAAAGGAAGUGGAUGUUUUAGAAAGCUGGCUUGACUUCACCGGGGAAUUGGAGCCACCGGACCCCCUUGCCCGGCUGCCUCAGCUCAAGCGGCGGAUCAAGCAGCUCAUAUCUGACAUGGGGAAAGUCCAGCAAAUAGCAACCUUUUGUUCCGUAUGACAAAGCGCAAGCUUAAAGGAAUACUCAGAUAGGCUCUUAACAAUGGAUUUCUUGCGCUUCGCGAGACUGACGAAGGGGUGAUUACGAAAAUUAAAAAAGACGCUUGAACGCUAUUCCUUUGUUCUGUGCUGGAUGUCCCGUUAUCCCGAAGGUCUUGAGAAAAGGGGAAA